AUGCCUCAGUUAACAUCGAGCUUCGCCUCCGCCGCUGCAGGCCAGAACAGAGACCCGAGAGCGGCUGGACGUAGCGAUUCCUCCCGUGGAGCUGGAAGUGGUGAAUGGCCGCGCUCGAAUGGUACUAGGACCUUCCGCCGAGCCUCGACCACCCCUUUUAACCCUUCUUCCGCCACGAAUCUGGCAGACGUCCCACAACACCCUGCAAGCGAGCUACCCCCUCAUCCUGCAAGUUCUCACCCGACCGCGUUUACUUCGUCCGGCCUGCUUCGCUAUAGUAAAGAGGAGCUGCUCGACAUUUACAAAAACAGCUUCGACCCCUCGCAGAUGGACACCACCAACCUCCUCAUCCAGACUCGUCCCUGGGGGAAGUCUUCCGAGUCAUCUCACGUGCCGCAGGACCCGAGUGUUUGUUGGGACGCCAACGGGACGGUGAAGCCGAUCGGUUUUGAAAGCAUGUCUGCAGAGGAGCGUGAUAUGUUCGCAAACGACAACAAGGAAGGGGGACACCCAGGGACUGGAGGUGCGAAUGGGCGCAAGACUUCCACAUCUUCACCUUCUACCGCCUCUCGACCUGGUACCCGCCGACGCGAAACCACGGAUACGAACCCUUUCCCGACUGGAGCGGUGGCUUCCCCGACAUCGAACAGGGCUGCUCGCGAAGACUCGUGGCUACCCCGUCGCGGCACCGACCUCAAGGAAGCCAUAUCCGACGAACCGGGGGAGGACCCCUUUGGCUUACCCCGCAGCAACACGACGGGAAAUGCGGCCUUCGGUGGUGGCCAAGGUUCACUUUGGGGUCCAUCGGCUGCGCCGGCGAGCGGUGGGUUGGCCGACAAACGUUUCGGUGCUGGAAGCAGUCGUUUGGCUCACUUGAUUCCGAAGGACUCGGCGGACAACGCUGGCCAGAAGCCUAGCGAUGCCCCCAACUGGCGACCUCGACAACGCACCGACACUGACCCUUUCGCUGGUGAUGACGGCCCUCCGAGCAGCUCCGUGCUCGGUGGAGGUCAUGACAAUAGCCCUUCGAGUGCAGGCGCCCAGCAUCGGGGCGGUGUUUUCGAUACCCCUGUCAAGGGGAACGCUGGUGACUUCGGCAUGGCUGACUUGAACUUGGGCAGCCAAGGGGAUGGGAACGGUCCAGCUAGUCCCUCCGGAACCAAUCCUUUUCGCAGCCCGGUGACGGGGCGCGGUGAUGAGGGUCAGGCUGGACAUGACGUUGACCGGCUCACUCACCAAGGGCCCGGUACCGACCAGCAAUCCAACUUCAACUCUUUCCCUCGGUCCUUUGGCGGUGCUGGCGCCUUUGAUGGUAGCGACCGAAGCCAGACCUCAAGUGUCGGGGCCAAGGGCUUUGCUAGUGUCAACCCUCUAUCCGGAUGGCCUUCAGGGCCUUCCUCCGGCACCCCUGACCGUGAACGGGCCGGAUUCCCGCAUGCAUUCGGGGGCGGCUUUCUCAGCUCCUUCACCGACGUCCCGUCUCCUGGCCUUGGCGGUCUAGGCGGUGUGUUUGGCUCCUCCAACACCUCUCGAUUAGGCCGUGGCAAGCUUGAAUCCCUCUUCCCACCGGCCAUGCAGGCCCAAAUGCACACGCAUGACCAGGAUGGGUUGGGUGAUUCGGUGCCUGAUCUUCGUCAGGGAAACCCGCUUGGAGCGAUUGGCCGCGGCACCAUCGGUCUCCAGCGAGACACGGAGAGCCCAGUCCGAUCCGCCCGUGGCGGUGGGUUCGACGAUCUCUUCCCGACUUCUGACUCGGCCCGGUCGCCGUUCUCAACUGCCGAGCAAGGUCAAUCUGCCCUCACUUCGACGGCCCAAGCUCAGCCCUUUUCCAGCACCUCUGGUGGAUCCUCCUUUCCAAGCACCCAGCCCGCCGACCCCGCUGCUGUUAAGACCAUGGUGAUGCCGGAUAGGAUGCGCUGGGUGUACUUGGAUCCUCAGGGGGUGAUGCAAGGGCCCUUCAGCGGUCUUGAGAUGAACGACUGGUACAAGGCCAACUUCUUUACGCCGGAUCUUCGCGUCAAGCGUCUCGAGGAUGCCGACUUUGAGCCCCUUGGCCAACUCAUUCGCCGCAUCGGCAACUCCCGGGAGCCUUUCCUUGUCCCUCAAAUGGGCAUUGCGCAUGGCCCUCCGCCUUCGGGCGGACCCUUUGGGGGCCCUACCUCGGAGGCUGUUCCGCCCCUACAGAGCGCAUUCCCAUCCUUUGGUAGGACCUUGACUGCUCAGCAGCAGAAUGAUUUGGAACGCCGCAAGCAGGAAGAGCAGAUGUUCCACGCCCGCCAGCGGGAAAUGGCCCAACAUCAUCAUCCGUUUGGCCGACUGCCCCCCAUCCAGCCAGGAGCUCUUCACCAUAACUCCAGCGCACACAGCCUGCAGAGCCAGCCCAGCUUCGGCAGCAUUACCUCGCCGAUCGGCAUGACUCCUCAGCACCCGCUGGGUCCCAUUGCCCCAACGGGAGGUUUCUUUGACUCUGCCGCUGGCCUAACAUCAGGCCCUGCUCAGCAGCCCAUCGGCCCCGGCGGCGAUGUCUUCUCCCCCGACCUGAAUUUCAGUGAGCGCCAGAUGCUUGCUGCCAUGCAUUCUACGGGAAACGCUCCUAGCGCGUUUGCUGGAACUCAUCAGGCUGCGAGCGAAGUGAGCGCGUUGCAGAGCCAACUCCCGAACAUCGACCAGCUUCAGAAGGAUGCCGAGGGCUUUAGCGAGAGGCUAGAAGAGUUCCGCGAGCUGCGUGCCCAGUUCGAUGCGGAGCAGGCCGCGGCUAGUGGCUCAUCCGGCACUCCGGCCGAAGCGAAGGACGAUGACGCCGUGCAGACACAGCUGGAGGAGCAGGUGGUCGCGCAGAUUGUCGACGAUUCAACCCAGGAGAUCGUUACCUCGGUCACCCAGACUACAGAGACGACGACCACCGUCACCCAGCCUCAGGGCGAGCUCACGUUGACCGAACAGGUGCGCAAGACGCAAGCCGAUCAUGCCAUGUCUUCGCAGCCGGCCUCUAUCUCGGACCUCCCCAUGCCGUUCCCGCCGCCGACACAGGGCGUGGCCCUAGCUGCCCCUACCGCCCAGCGCCCGGCUUCUAACUUGCCCACUACCUAUGGCGAUCGGUCGGGGUCUGGCUCUCCUGAUACCACCUCCGAAGGCGCCGCUCUGGCCGCGCCUCCCGCUGCACCCUGGGCCCCGCAACCGGGUGCCGGCCAGCAGAAGGGUCCGAGUCUUAAGGAAAUUCAGGAGGCCGAGGCUAAGAAGGCCGCCAAGAGAGAAGAGGCUGCAGCGGCCGCUCGACGCGCUGCUUUGGAGCAGGAAGCCGCGGCCCUUCGUGAACGUGAGAAGGCUGCCGCAGCGGCUCUCAACUCCGGCCUCCCUGCUAGCAGCACUUGGGGUACCGGUUCGCCAGUGAACGUCCCCACUUCUACUGGGAGCCCGUGGAAACAGCCCACCACCCUCAAGACUGCAGUCGCUUCUGCAGGCUCUGGUGGCAACGGCGGUUCUAAGAAGACGCUCGCUGAUAUCCAGCGUGAGGAGGAGCUCAGGAAGCAAAAGGCCAAGGAGGUUGCCGCAGCAGUCCAAGCCAGCACGACCCCCGUUUCCUCGAUGGGCAAACGGUACGCCGAUCUCGCAAGCAAGACGUCCGCCUCUCCCGGACCGGCUGCUUCUGCCGUGGCUGCACAACCGGCUCAGGGUGCUGGUGGCUGGGCCACCGUCGGUGCAGGCGGCAAGGUCAAGGCUCCGAUCCCGACUGGCCCUGCGGUCCAGAGUCGUUCCUCUAGCAUUGGAAACGUGAGGAGCACGCCGUCCCCCGCCGUUACCAAAUCUGCGGUCAGACCCGCUCCGACGUCGCUCAAGGACGCCAAGAGUGUUGCUAUGGAUGAGUUCAAGAAGUGGCUGAACCGCGAGUUGGCCCGCGGCCUUAUUGGGGUUGCUGAUAUUGAGCAAUUCGCCGUGAUUCUUCUCGAUCUGCCUCUGGAUCCCUCGCUCCUCGCCGAGGCUGUGUAUGGAUACAGCACGACCAUGGAUGGACGUCACUUUGCGGACGAGUUUGUUCGCCGCAAGAAGCUCGCCGACAAGGGUGUCGUGGAGAGGGAGCCCACCAGCGCGGCGUCCGAUUCUAAGGGCGGCAACGGCGGCUGGAGUGAGGUUGCCAAGAAGGGCGGCAGCGCUGGUGCGGUUGUUACCAGCAGUGGUGCCGCCGCGCCCAAGGAGGAUAUCCCUGGCUUCCGCAUGAAACCAACAAGAGAUACGAAAAAAAACGAAAUCAUGACCUCCACCCUGCCCUCGUUCCUCAACGCGGGGCAGUACCUCGACAUCCUCCUCAGCGACCCCGCGAAGAACCUCAUCAACAUAUUUGUCGCUUCCCUCCAUUCCUCUUCACCCCCCUCGGCACUCAGCAGUAAUGAACAACCAGAAUCACCCCAGGACCGGUUACUCGUCGGCUUAGCGGCGCUCAACGCCUUCUUGCAAGGGACUGUUACAGGUCCCGUGCUGGAGGAGAAGGUGUUUUCUUUGGCGAGGUGGAUUUUGGUCGGCCGCGUGAGCGAGACUACCACCGAGGGUGAUGGGCUGCUGCUGGAUGGGGGAGCUGCGGCAAAGUCAGCGAAGUGGCUUGCGUUAAGGGCACAUGUAUGGCAUUACAAGUUGCUGAUGCAGCCGAGUUUGGGGCCGGGAGCGGUGUUCAACAAGGCUGGGCAGUGGUGCGAUGUGCCGAGUUUGCAGGAUACCGUGGAGAAGGGGUUGGUGGAGGUGGAGGGGGAGAUUGUAGGUGAUGAAGCAGGAAAAGGAGGGCGUUGGAGUGAUGAGGACAAGGUGCAGUUUCUGGUGGAGAGCGCCAAUGUUUACAUCCUGCUUGGGCUAGACGGCAAGGCCAAGGCAGCCCUGGCCAAGGCGACGGAGUUGAGCGGGUUUAUGUAUGCGCUGUCCGGGGCGCUGGGGAAGAGGACAAGAUUUCAGGAGAAGAGUACCAGCCAGCUUGUGGUGUUGGCAAAGAGCCGGGAGAGUGGGGGAGAGUCGAAAGCGACAAACGAGGCGAAACCGGAGGCACUCGCGCUCAACGACGACACGCUGUUGGAGGAUCUCGAGUUUACCAAAGAGAACGUGGAAAGCGACCAGAAAUCAGACCUGCCACCGGCGUUACGAGACCUUUCGCCCGACGAACAACCGCAAUUAUCCCCUCUGGAUGAAAUCAUCCUCCUCGCCGAGGCCACCUUGAAGGACGCUUUCUCUCCGGCCGAUACGCUUACUGCGGAAGAAGUGCUUCCUUUUGCUGUGCGGGUCAUCGCGGACAAGAAAACAAACUGGCAGGUUUACACGCAUGCGCUCCUCGUUCGGUCGAGGAUUGAACUGCAUCGCAGCAGGACCCUGGAGAGAGGUGUUUUGCAGAUGCAGGCGGUCGUGGACCAAGUUAUCGUUGACACAACACAACCUAUGGAAGAGCCGGCUGAGACGGCUAGCAGUGAUCGGGAUGAUGGUGUCCCGGAGAUCACUGUGACAACAGAUAGAGAGGAAACUUCCAAGCCCGCCAACAAACCAACGUCAUUCUUCCCCGCUGCAAAGCCUACCGAGUCAGCCCCGGCACAGGUUCGCCUGAAGCAUAUCCAUGCGUUGAGCUCGCCGCCGAGAUGGCAUCUGGAAUCAGAGUUGGCCUACUCGUGGGCCAGCGUCGGGUCGCUGGUGUCCGCGCUCGAGAUCUUCAAGCGUCUUCGUCUGUGGGCUGAAGUUGCUCUCUGCCACGCCAGCAAUGCGGCAAAAGAGGAUGAAGAUGGGCGUGGGAGUGGCGGUGAGGCAAAAGCCAAAGCCAUCGUCCGAUGGCGUUUGUUCAAUAAGACAGGAACGCUCGUGGAUGAGGUCGGGGGUGAUGAACCAGAUGACAACGUCGAUGUGGACGAGCUAAGAGAAGCGGAUUAUCAUGGCCCGGAACGCAAAUCAACGCCACCCAAUGCCCCGCGCUUGUGGUGUAUCCUUGGAGAUCUUGAAGACGACCCGAGUCAUUACGAGCGGGCGUGGGAAAUUUCAAAGCACCGGUUUGCGCGCGCACAGAAAUCACUUGGCGAGUACUAUCUCCAAAAAAAGGAUAUUAUCAAGGCGAAGGAUGCCUACGAAAAGGCCGUCUCUGUCAACCGGCUCAGCUCGGAGCUGUGGAAUCGAUUCGGCGACAUCAACCUGCGGCUUGGUGACUUUUCCGCUGCGGCCAAUGCCUACAACCGGGCCAUCACAUCGUCCGACAGCAUCGGGGGUGGUGAGGAUGCCCGCACAUGGAGCAAUCUAGGCAGCGCAUUCUACAGUCUUUACUUGGAGCGUCUAAAGGAAUUGAAACAACAAAAGGAAUCCGACACAGACACGACCGACGAAGCCCCUGUCCCCACAACAACCCACGACGACGAUGAAGAAAACGACGAUAUCACAGACAAGUCUACUACUCCUGCCAACCGCGACCCGUCCACCCUCCUUGCGCAAUCCCUCGCAGCCUACAAACGCGGCGCCAACAUCUCCCACGAUAACUGGCGCAUCUGGGACAACGUCAUCACCCUCGCGGCCCGUCUGCGUCCAGUCCCAGUAUCAGACCUACUUCUCGCCCUCCACAACAUCGUGCGAAUCCGUCACACUGAAGACGCCCUGGAUAUCGACGUGCUCCGACUCCUCCUCAACGAGGGGGUACUCUCCAAGGAAAAAGAAAACCCGAAAGAGGGGGUCCCAUACGAGCCCCCUCGCGGAACACCGCAGCGAGCUGUGUGCGAAUUCCUAGAAAAGACCGUCGCGCCGCUGGUGACGAAGCGGUCGGAGCUGUGGGAGUUGGUUACGCGGGCGCGGGUGUGGAGGGCUGAUUACGCAGGUGCGGUGGACGCAUCGGAAAAGGCGUGGCGUGCGGCCGUCGGCGGGGUGCAGGGUGGUUCUGGCUCUUCGUUGGGGGGAGGCCUCCGGGAUUCUGCGGCUGCUGGUGCUGGUGAGAGUGGUGGUGGUACGGGCAACUGGCUGGAGGAACAGGAGGGGUGGAGCGUGGUGGUGGAAAGGACGGAUGAUCUGGUUUCGAUGCUGGAGAACUAUGGGGAGUUGGUCCCCGAGAUUGGGACGAAGUGGAAGGGCAAGGCGAGGAGUGCGGUGCGGAGUGUCAUGGGCAAGGCCAAGGAGAACUGGGAAGGGAGUGAAGGGUGGGAGAGGUUGGUGGGGUUGUUAGAGGGGCUGAAGAUCUGA